CCAAAAGACAUAAGCUUUCUAAGAAGCAGAAUGUCAUGCAAGGUGAAGAUAGAAUCAGCAACUUACCAGGCAACCUUAUUAGCCGAAUCCUAUCUUCUCUUCCAACAAAAAGUGCAGUUGCGACAAGCGUCUUAUCAAAGAGGUGGAAGCAAUUCUGGACACUAGUCGCCAAUCUGGAAUUUGAUUGCCGGAAGCAUGUUCAAGAGAUGGAUUCUGAGCUGCCAGUGUUUCCUAAUUUGACUUCCUUGGUACUUGGUGCGGGCUAUGUUGGAUGGGAAUGGUUGUCACAAUUCUUGGAGAAAUCACCGUGUCUCGAGAGUCUUGUCUUCAAAGAGGGGUAUCAAAGUGAACACUAUAGAGAUGAAUAUUAUGAAGAAGGAGACAGCGAGGGAGACGACAAGCCCUUGCUUUGCCAUCCACCUGAGAAUGUUCCUUCUUGUUUACGCUCGAACCUCAAGGUAAUCAAGUUUGUGAACUUUCAAGGGGAUGAUGGGGAACUGAAAAUGGUGGAGUAUUUUCUGAAGAAUGCUGAAGUUUUGGAGAAGUUGAUGAUACAAACUGAUGGAACUGUUGACGAAUGUUUUGACAUGGGAGCAGCGGGGUUGGCGGUUGCAGAACAGCAGUUGGAGGUUACGACAAAACUUUUAAUGUUACCAAGAAACUCAAAGACCUGUCAGAUUGAGUUUGUUAUUCGGCGUUAUAACUUUUGUACCCGAUCGUUCUACUUAGUAGGCCCCGUUAUGUUUGGUUAUGUACUAGUUUUUGAUACCUACCCUUUCAAACUUGUUUUUUGGUGUUGCCCAUGUUGUUUUCCACAUAUAAGAUGGGAGGUCUUCGAUGUCCUUAGCCUUGUGCCUUGUGUAUUCCUCUCUUUAAUGCUAACAAACUUGGGCUCAAAGUCCAAAAGGCAUAAGCUUUCUAAGAAGCAGAAUGUCAUGCAAGGUGAAGAUAGAAUCAGCAACUUACCAAGCAACGUUAUCGGCCGAAUCCUCUCUUUUGUUCCCACAAAAAAUGCAGUUGCGACAAGCGUCUUAUCAACCAGGUGGAAGCAAUACUGGACACUAGUCACCAGUCUGGAAUUUGAUUGCCCGGAGGAUGUUCAAGAGAUUGAUUCUGAGCUGCCAAUCUUUCCUAAUUUGACUUCCUUGGUACUUGGUGCGGGCUAUGUUGGAUGGGAAUGGUUGUCACAAUUCUUGGAGAAAUCACCUUGCCUAGAAAGUCUUGUUUUCAAAGAGGGGUAUCAAAUUCAACACGAUGGAGAUGAAUAUGAUGAAGAAGGCGACAACGAGGGAGAAGAUGACAGCGAGGGAGAAGAUGACAGCAAGGGAAGCGAGGGAGAAGACACCAACGAGGGAGAGGACAAGCCCUUGCUUUGCCAUCCACCUCAGAAUGUUCCUUCUUGUUUACGCUUGAACCUCAAGGUAAUUAAGUUUGAAAAAUUUCAAGGGGAUGGUGGGCUACUGAAAAUGGUGGAGUAUUUUCUAAAGAACGCUGAAGUUUUGGAGAAGUUGAUAAUACAAACUGAUGGUACUGUUGACGAAUGUUUUGAUAUGGGAGGAGCGGGGUUGGCAGUUGCAAAACAGCAGUUGGAGAUCACGACAAAACUUUUAAUGUUGCCAAGAGGUUCGAAGGCUUGUCAGAUUGAGUUUUCAAAUAGUACUACAUUGCUGGUACUGUAUAUGUUUGGCUUUUUGACGUGUUUCUUUUAUGAGUGUUGGAAAGGGAAAACCCUACUCCCUCGUCUCCUCGCAUUAUCUCUGACCGAACCGCCACCGGCUGAUGGACCGCCACCCACCGCCGUACCGCGGCCUUCUCGCGAGAAGUUUCAUCAACUGUUAAGCCCUGGAUGGAGUGAGCUACUAUCCACUCUCAGCACUAGUUUCAUCACGGGAUGGGAACCCAUGGGUUCAAAGGCGAAAAGACAUAAGCUUUCUAAGGAGCGGAAUGCCAUGCAAUGUGAAGAUAGAAUCAGCAACUUACCAAACAACCUUGUUGGCCAAAUCCUCUCUCGUCUUCCAACAAAAAUGGCAGUUGCGACUAGCGUCUUAUCAGCCAGAUGGAAGCAAUUCUGGACACUAGUCACCAGUCUGGAUUUUGAUGAUAAGUUAAUGCUUCAGCGUCGAACAAGUAACAAAGCUGCACUCCAAAUGAGUUUUGCAAGUUUCAUAGACGGAGUGCUAGAUAGAGUCUCGUUUUUGGAUAAGUUCCGUCUCAAAUGCUGCCAAAGUUAUGAUGUUUCACAUGUAAAUGCAUGGGUUGCUACUCUCAUAAAAUACCGUAUCGAAGAACUUGAUCUCUCUAUUCCAGUGAAUCACUCUACUAAUCAUGUGCUGCCUUGGGGCCUUUUUUCUUGUAGAACACUGGUGGUAUUGAAAUUGGGUACUAAGUUUAUGCUUAAUGUACCAGCUUCGGUUUGCCUACCGAGUCUCAAAAUUCUCCAUCUUGAUAGUGUCCAAUUUUCAGAUGAUGUCUCAAUCAAGAGGCUCCUCCUUGGUUGUCCUGUGCUUGAUGAACUGAGUAUGAAUGAAUGCGUUGGAAAAGAUGUACGUGUUAUUCACAUUUCUGCACCAGUGCUCACAAAGUUGAUAUAUCAUAACGAAAAGGAAAAAUAUUCUUUGCACAAUGACUUUUUGGAAACUGCUGAUGUUUCUGAGCACAAGAUUGUGAUUGAUACCCCAGCUCUUCUACACCUGGAGCUGAUUGAUGAUGCAGCAGAGGUUUAUUUGGGAAAGAACCUAAGUCAUAUCAUUAAAGCUGAUAUUAGUAUUGCAGUGUUAUACAAUGAAACUCAUUCUAAAUGUAUAACUGAUCUUCUCAUGGGAAUAUCUGAAGUCCAAUCUCUACACUUGUAUAAUGAUUGCCGAGAGGCUGUUCACAAGAUUGAUUCUGAGCUGCCAAUUUUUCAUAAUUUGACUUCCUUGGUACUUGGUGUGGGUUAUGUUGGAUGGGAAUUGUUGUCACAAUUGCUGGUGAAAUCGCCAUGUCUGGAAAGUCUUGUUUUUGAAGAGGGGUAUCAUAUUGAACAUGAUGAAGAUGAAUAUGAUGUGGAAGACGACAGUGAGGGAGAUGAUAAGCCCUUGCUCUGGCAUGAUUGGUAUCCACCUCAGAAUGUUCCUUCUUGUUUACCCUCGAACCUCAAGCUGGUUAAGUUUUUGAAAUUUCGAGGGGGUGAUGGGGAUCUGAAAAUGGUGGCGUAUUUUCUGAAGAAUGCUGAAGUUUUGGAGAAAUUGAUAAUAGACUGCGAAAGUUAUGGCGAAGAAUUUGAUGUUCCAGAAGACCAGUUGAAGAUUACCGUAAAACUUUUAAUGCUACCAAGGGCUUCAAGGACUUGUCAGAUUGAAUUUGUUACUCCUAUUUUGCGUCAUGAUGAAUCCGAUUAAUUAGGCCCAUUGUCAUCGGUUAAGUACUUCGUAGUUUUAAUUCCUAGCAGUUUGAACUUGUGUUACAGUGUUGGUAGUCAUAUACAUCGCUCAGAUAUGUCUGUUA